GCUUGGACAGAAGUCCGUUCUCAGUUUUCUUGAGUUAAAAUGUUUUUUUGGGGUUUUUUUGUUUGUUUGUUUGAUUUUUGACCCCAGGCAUGACAUCCCCAGCCCCACUCUGUGACAGAUACGGCUCCCCGACAGCCAGCUCCACCAGAAGGCGAUUGUUUGUGGACAAUGAUAGCCCCUCUGAUGGAGGGACAGCUGGACGCGUGCCCUCACAGCCCCUGGUCAACGCUGUCCCUGUGCAGAACGUACCUGGGGAGCCUGUUUCUGUCACUCCAGUUCCUGGGCAGACUUUGGUCACCAUGGCAACAGCCACUGUCACAGCCAACAAUGGACAAACCGUGACCAUCCCAGUACAAGGUAUUGCGAAUGAGAAUGGAGGGAUAACCUUCUUCCCAGUCCAGGUCAAUGUUGGAGGGCAGGCACAGGCUGUGACUGGCUCCCUCCAGCCCCUUAGUGCGCAGGCCCUGGCCGGCAGUCUGAGCUCUCCACAGGCGACAGGAGCCACCCUGCAAGUCCCUGGUCAGGUGGCCAUUCAGCAGAUCUCCCCAGGUGGACACCAGCAGAAACCAGGCCCGCCUCUAACCGGCAACAGUAUUAGGCCCAAGAAGACCAGCUCUUUAUCGCUUUUCUUUAGAAAGGUUUACCACUUGGCAGGUGUCCGCCUUCGGGAUCUUUGUGCUAAACUGGAUAUCUCAGAUGAACUGAGGAAAAAAAUCUGGACCUGUUUUGAAUUCUCCAUAAUUCAGUGUCCUGAACUUAUGAUGGACAGACAUCUGGACCAGUUGUUAAUGUGUGCUAUUUACGUGAUGGCAAAGGUGAGUACCGGUUGGAAUAUAAGAGGAAAAAGUAAAGAAGCUACUUCCUUACUCACACAGCACUUUUAACCGUUGCAUGGGGACAGAAUUCACCUACCAUAUGUUCAUGCAUUUAUGAUGUCCAGCUCGGUGGUUUUUAGUACACUUACAGAAACGCAUGCCCAUCACUACAGCAAGUUUUAGAACAUAGUAUGCCAUUGUCUGCAUGUAUGAUAUUCUGUUUAUCCAUCGAUGGCCACCUGGGUAUUUUCACGUUUCAGCUGUUUGAAUAAUGCUGCUGUGAACAUUUGUGUACAGGUUUUUGCAUGGACAUGUUUUUCAUUUCUCUUUGGUACUUACCUAAAAGUGGAUUGCUGGGGAAGUCCUGUGUUUAACCAUUUGAGGAACUGCCAGACUAUUUUUCCAAAGUCACUGCACCAUUUUAAAUUUCCACAGGCAGUAUGUGAAGGUCCUGUUUUCUCUGCAUUUUUGUCAACACUUUAUUAUCAUACUUUGCUUUUCAAAAUAACUUCUUGAGGUGAAAUUCUCAUAACCUAAGUUAGCCAUUUUUAAAUGAGCAAUUCAGUGGCAUUCAGUACUUCCCCAGUAUUGUACAGCCAACCUUUAUCCUGUUCCAAAACAUUUCUACCCCUGCAGAGGAAAACUGCUUUUUUAUUAGGUAGGUUCUCUCUAUUCCCCCUCCCCCUACCUCCUGGCACCCACCAUUCUUCUUUCUGUCUAUGAAUUUGACUAUUGUACAAUAUUUGUGUUUAUUUCAGUUAGUAUAAUGUCCUCGAGAUUCAUCUGUGUUGUUGCAUGAGUUGUAACUUCCUUCCGUUUUAAGGCUGCACCAUAUUCCAUCAUAUGGACGUACCGCCUUUUGUUUAUCUGGUCAUCUGCUGAUGGCCCCUUGGGUUGC